AUCAGUUGACAGAGGGCCGGCUCGGUCCCUCUACUGUGGUGCUGGACCACACGAGUGGCUUUGAGGGGCUCCUGCUGGUUGAUGAUGACUUACUUGGGGUGAUUGGCCACAGUAACUUUGGCUCUAUCAGGGCCACAACGUGCGUGUACAAAGGGAAAUGGAUUUAUGAGGUGCUUAUCUCCUCCCAGGGACUCAUGCAGAUUGGCUGGUGUACUCUCAACUGCAGAUUUAAUCAGGAGGAAGGAGUUGGAGAUACUCCAGAUUCCUACGCAUAUGAUGGCAAUAGGGUGCGCAAGUGGAACGUGACCACUACCAACUAUGGCAAAUCUUGGGCUGCAGGAGACAUCGUCAGCUGUCUGAUAGACCUUGAGGAAGGCACUAUUGCUUUCUGCCUAAACGGCAUCUCUCUAGGAACUGCUUUUGACAACAUCACGAGAGGUGCUGGAAUGGCUUACUUCCCUGCCAUCAGUCUCUCGUUCAAAGAGUCUGUUGCUUUUAACUUUGGAAGCCGUCCACUUCGUUAUCCAGUGGAAGGCUACCGCCCCUUGCAAGACCCUCCUGUUGCAGACCUCGUGAAGGCUCGCAGGCUGCUGGGCUUCCUGAAGAAUGUGAUCCAUAUCGGGAUCGAUGUGACGGAAGGGAAGCUGGUGGAGAAGGAUGCAUCCAUGUGGCAGCUGCAGGGAGAACCCACAGUGCUGAUUACAUUGGCCCACAUCUUCAAUUAUUUCUCCCCUCUUAUGUGCAAGGUGUACCUGGUGGAAGAUGUGCUCAUGACCUUCCUGUUGAGCAUCCUGGAGCGAGGAGGGGCAGUGGAGGCCCAUCCCCUUAUUCAGCAGCUGCUGGAUCUCAUGUGGCUUCUCAUGGAGGAAUAUGAAGUGCACGAGUGCCUCAAGCAGCUACUGAUGUCCCUGCUGCGGGCCUACAGGUUCUCUCCUAUCAUCCCAGACCUAGGAUUACAAAUUCACUACCUCCGGCUCACCAUUGCAGUCUUGAAGCAUGAGAAAUCCAGGAAAUAUCUCCUCAGCAAUGUUCUCUUUGAUGUGCUCCGUUCAGUUGUGUUCUUCUACAUUAAGAGCCCGCUGCGUGUGGAGGAGGCUGGUUUGCAGGAGCUCAUUCCCACCACGUGGUGGCCAAACCGCUUCACCAAGGAGGGCAAGGAGAGUAAGGAGGUGAAGGAGGAGAGUGCUGAGGAAAGACUGAGGCGGCGAGCGUAUGAAAGAGGCUGCCAGAGGCUCAAGAAGCGCAUUGAAGUGGUGGAAGGCCUCCAGGUUCAAAUUCUGAAGCUGCUGCUGAACAACAAGGACAGAGGAGGGGGGGAAGCAUCCAGAUACAUCUUCCUGAACAAAUUCCGCAAGUUUCUUCAGGAAAAUGCUAGCAAUAGAGGGAACUUGACUGUGUUGUGCCCACCAGAGUACAUGGUGUGCUUCCUGCACCGGCUCAUUGCUGCCCUGCGUUUCUUC